CUCAGAUAUUCAAUUCGGUGAAUUCGGUCGCCUUUGGCUUCGUAUCCACGUAUCCAUCCCUCUCGGCAUGAUCAUCCGCCUGCUGCCUAACGGACCAUUUGAACACCUCUUCAUCCUGAUGCGCUUACUGCCCAACCGCCAAGGUGGUCUUCCAAAAGGUCGCCCAGAGGUUGAAUGGAAUUCUCCAAUUGAAGUUGUGCGUGAUAAUCUUGCCACAUUUGCUAAUCUGCGGGGCGGGUAACUUCGUUCGUCUUCAUUCGUCGUCAAGAGUCGUCAGGCUAGACUAUACGAACGUGUUCCUCUGUAUGUGAAGUGUUUGAUUUGGCAGAUGGUAUCCUUAGUUUUUUCUACCCCUUCGUUGAUGACCACGGUCCUGAUGCUUAUUGCAUCUUCCAUCGGGG